AUGUUCUGGCUCUGGCAACGCUCUCAAGGAAUCUUUGUUGCUAACCUACUGGCCGCCCUAGCCAAAGCGUCCAACACGGUAGUAUUCCGGAACCUUCUACAGGCCAAGCUUGGAACAUUGAAGCAGGGUCUAGCGAUGCAGAUGUAUCUACACCGUCAAACUCCAGGUACGAAGCCCCGUAUUCCUAUAUUAAGGCCGUUUACUACUCUUCCGCCCCCAGCAGUUGUACAAUCUCUUCUUGGCGUGUACUUCCGACAUGUCCAUAACCAACCUUACUCCUACUUCCAAGAGGCAAACUUUCGGCAGAAGCUGACCUUGGGCUUAUUACCCAAGUGCCUUAUCAUGGCCGUUCUAUCAUCUGCUUUGAGAUUCUCCAAUGAUGAUUAUUAUAAAGACUCCACGCAAGAGGCUAUCGAGUCCUACGCAAAGGAAUCUUGGGUAUCCAUACUCAAAGAGCACAUGACGAACGACAAUUAUCCAGACAUCCACGUCGUCCAAGCAGCAAGCAUAUUGGCCAUAAUAGAUUUCACCGCUGGACGAACGAGCUCUGGUUGGUUGAAGAUCGGUCUGGCCGUCCGUAUUUCACAAGACCUGCAACUUAUGCAAGAGCCAGAUAAUUCUCUUCUGCCAGCUGAGCAGGAGGAGCGGAGAAGGGUAUUCUGGUCAGUCUUCCUUCUGGACCGUCUUGUAUCCUGCGGCGAUGCUCGCCCUCUGGCCAUCCAAGAAGAAGACUGCCAUGUUCAGCUCCCCUGCGACGAGGAGACAUUUCAAGCUGGUGUCUGGAAGAAGACAGCCACGCUGAAGCAGGUGCUGACCUGGAAGACGAGCGAUCAAGUCGAGGGCCUCUGCAGCAACUUUGCUCUCGUUAUCCUGGCCGCCACCGCCCUGGGACGUUGCGCCAAACACGUUUUGCAGGAUCGGGAGAUGGACAAUAUCCGACCCUACGACCACAAACCUUUGCCACUGGACCCAGACUAUCUUCUGAUGUUGGUUGACCACCACCUACAGAUGCAAGGACCUACCUUGGACACCGCCCUAGCCCAAUACAGGAAGCUUGACGGCAUGCUUGAUGAUCAGGUUGUCGGGCACAUAGUGUUUGCCCGUGUUGUAUUCCAUCUCUGUCACUGCCUUCUGAACCACCCCCUCCUGAUCCGACUUCGCCUGCAAAGAAUAAAAGUCAGGAUCUCCCCAGGAGUCUUUGCUCGAGCCUUGCAAACCAGCUGCGAGCACGCCUGCGAGCUGGUGGCUCUACUAGACAACGAGGCCUUGGCCAGCUCUCACACUCAUCCAUCCUUUUACGCGUACUCGAUAUGUGUAUCUGGAAGCCUCCUUGCCAUGGUCAUACACGCGAAGCAGAGCAGGGGGGAAGCUUGUGACCCCUGCCUGGUGCAAGGGAGCCAUCGAGCUCUACGUGCGCUUGAAGAGCUUGGGCGCUUUUGGGAUCAUGCAGUAAAGAUGCGUGAUAGAAUCCUCUGGCUCGAAUCGUACGCGCAGAGCUUCGCCACACUCUUCGACCCAACAACCAAUUACAACCAGGAUCCAGCAACCGCGUCAAUGAUGCGGGUGAUGGUGGAUUAUGGCGCAAUGUGCAACAACACCGGGGUAGUUGACGGCGUCAAGGAGCCGCCAACCCCCAACACAUCACGCAUGCUGUCAAUGCUUAAUUUUGAUAUGGGCUUUGACCACUUGGGCGAGAACUAUGGAGGCCUUAGUGAAGACAGUUUUUCAUUGCUUGAGGCCCGCUGGCAGCCGGGGGACAGACUUGGCUGUCCCUAA